AUGAAACCAGAAAAUGAUUCACAAAUUUCAGAAUUUAUUCUUUUGGGAUUUUCAGAGGAACCCAAACUACAGUUCAUCAUAUUUGUUAUUUUUAUCUCCAUGUACCUGGUGACCGUCUUUGGGAAUCUGCUCAUCAUCCUGGCUGUCAUCUCAGACUCCCACCUCCAUACGCCCAUGUACUUCUUUAUCUCCAACCUGUCCUUUGUGGACAUCUGCUUCACCUCCACCACUGUCCCCAAGAUGCUGGUGAAUAUACAGACUCAGAGAAAGUCCAUCACCUAUGAAGACUGCAUCACACAGAUGUAUUUUGUCAAUGUGUUUGCAGUGUUAGAUGAUUUACUUCUCACCGUGAUGGCCUAUGACCGCUUUGUGGCCAUCUGCCACCCCCUGCACUACACUGUCAUCAUGAACCCCCGGCUCUGUGGGCUGAUGCUUCUGGGAUCCUGGAUCCUUAGUAGCCUGAAUUCGUUAUCACACAGCUUACUGGUACUGCGAUUAUGUAGCCCAGAGAACAACUCACAAAUAGCAGAAUUUAUACUACUAGGAUUUUCACAUGAACAAAAUCUGCAGCCCCUCAUCUUUGGAAUUUUCCUCUCCAUGUAUCUUCUUACUAUCUUUGGAAAUCUACUCAUCAUCCUGGCUGUCAGCUCCGACUCCCACCUCCACACACCCAUGUACUUCUUCCUCUCUAACCUGUCCUUGGUAGACAUUGGUUUUGUCACCACCACUGUCCCCAAUAUGCUGGUGAAUCUACAGACAAGGAGCAAAGUCAUCACCUAUGAAGGCUGCAUGUCCCAGAUGUACUUUGUCAUGCUCUUUGCUGUGCUGGACAUACUCCUCCUAACUGUGAUGGCCUAUGACCGUUUUGUAGCCAUCUGCCACCCCUUGCACUACACAGUUAUCAUGAACUCUCAGCUCUGUGGAUUGUUGCUUCUUUCAUCCUGGCUCACAAGUGUCCUGCAUUCCUCGGUAGAAAGCCUAAUGGUGUUGCAACUGUCCUUCUGUACUGAUGUGGCAAUUGCUCACUUUUUCUGUGAACUUAAUACCAUGGUCCAAAUGGCCUGUUCUGAUGCCUUUCUUAUGAAUGUCGUGAUGUAUAGUUCAGUCGUCUUGCUGGGGGUAGGGUCAUUUUCUGGGAUUCUUUAUUCUUACUCUAAGAUCAUUUCUUCCAUACUUAGAAUCAGGUCAGCUCAGAGGAAGUCUAAAGCAUUUUCCACCUGUGUGUCUCACCUCUCUGUGGUCUCCUUGUUUUAUUGUACAAGCCUAGGAGUGUACCUGAGCUCUGCUGGUACCCACAGCUCACAGUCAACUUCAACAGCCUCAGUGAUGUACACAGUGGUCACCCCAAUGCUUAAUCCCUUUAUCUACAGUCUGAGGAAUAAAGACAUCAAAGGGGCUUUGGGGACAUUUUUUGUGAAGGAGAUAGAAAAAUGA